ACCCAUUCAGAGAACAGAAAUAUAAUCCUCGGCACCGACGAGCUGAGCAGACGUCGGUUUUCACACUCAUGUUUAUAGGCCUAGGCCUACAUUCUACAAGUUGACGAACUGUGGUAGAUCUAAAAAUGCGACGCCGAUGCAAAGUGCAGACCGUUCUGCUGGUUCUUCUGUUUGCAUUUGAAGUACUGGUGUCGUGCGUGGAAGCUCAAGAUCAGAACAUCAGCAUUACAGCGAAUGAGUCCGUGCGUGUGGGAUCGCCGCUAUUUCCGAACAUCUAUCCAAACAAUGUUGAUCGCACCUGGAUCAUACGAACUGAUGAGGGCCGCAAAAUUCUGGUCACUUUCUUUGAAUUUUCCACUCAGCUUUAUAGAGACUAUUUUCGGGCUGGAGAUGGUGGCAACAUCGGAGUUGACGAGUUUUUUGUGUGGAGCGGUAAUAGAUUAGCUCCACGUCUUCUGUCAAGUGGCAAGCAGAUGUGGCUGCGAUUUACCUCAAACGGAGCAACCGGAGCACGUGGGUUUCUAUUUAACGCUGUCAGUGUACCAAUGACCGAAACUUUGACGUGUAUGCCGGGGGACUUUGAUUGUGGCCACUCUGUUUGCAUCGACGGUGCAUGGCAGUGUGACUAUACAACAGACUGUCGUGGAAGUGUUGAUCAGAGCAAUUGCGGUGAGGAUCGCUUUGUCUUCAUAAAAAAAACUGAAACAGCACGACUUGUUUCCCCGAACUAUCCCAGCUACUAUCCAAGUGAUAGAGACUUCACAUGGAUCAUCCAAACGGAAGACGAUCGGAGAAUACGUGUGAGCUUUUCCAGCUUUGACACUGAGUAUCGACACGACUACGUCCAGGCUGGUGAGGGCAACGUAAGCGCAGUCAACACUUUCUUUGAAUGGAGCUGGAGGAGGACACCACCCGAUGUGUUGUCCAAUGGAAACACUAUGUGGUUAAAAUUCCAUUCUGAUGGAAGUAACUCACGACCUGGAUUCUUGAUUUCAGCUUCUAGCGUACCGAUCACUGAUGUACUGAAUUGUUCUCAAAAUGAGUUUGACUGCGGACAUUCAGUCUGUAUAAGUGGGGACUGGCAGUGUGACUACGUAAUUGACUGUUUUGGUGGAGGCGAUGAACUCGGUUGUGGAAGAGGGGAUACCAUUUAUCUCAAUUCCACCGAGACAGUCGAAUUGAGUCCAGAAACCUAUCCAAGCAGCUAUCCCCUGAAUAUUGAUAGUUUAUGGGUAAUUGAAGCGGAAGAAAAUCGAAAAAUUCAAAUUACGUUCUCGAAGCAUGUGUCAGUGUCUGGACCCUACAAAUUCCGAGCUGGUGACGGUAACGACAGUGCAAACGAGAAUAGCGUCUUCUUUGAGUGGAGCAGGUAUUCUUCACCUCCUGAUCUUCACUCAGCUGGUCGUGCGAUGUGGCUGAGUUUUGAGCCAACUGGAAAGAGUUCUACCAAAUUUGCAUUUCCUCUUUCCGCAUCAAGUAUUCCAAUGGCCGCCACUCUGGUGUGUUCUCAGGGCGAUUUUGACUGUGGUCAUUCAGUCUGCAUACCUGCGGGCUGGCAGUGUGAUGAUUUGACAGACUGCGUCGACGGAAGUGAUGAGCAUGAUUGUGACGGCCCACGAUUCAUAUUCAUCGGUGAAAAUGAAACCACUCAGCUAGUCUCCACAGGUUAUCCCAACAACUAUCCUAAUAAUGUGGACAUUACUUGGAUCCUCCAAACGGAUGAAGAUCGCAAGAUAAACGUGACCUUUCAUGCUUUCAGUACACACUGGUAUGGUGACUAUCUUCGGGCUGGUGACGGCAACAUGACUAGUAACGCGUUCUUCCAGUGGGCUGAUUACUACAAACUGCCCCCUGAUCUUCUGUCCAGUGGGAACACCAUGUGGUUGAGGUUCACGUCCGACAGUUACAAUACCAGACCUGGAUUUUCACUUACGGCUUCUAGUGUAUCCUCAAGAGAAACUGUAGUGUGUUCUCCAGGAGAAUUGGACUGUGGGCAUUCUGUCUGCAUACAGAGCGCCUGGCAGUGUGACAAUCGUCGUGACUGCAUCAAUGGAAAAGACGAACAACGUUGUGACGAAGAUCGUGAAGUUUAUGUCACGGAGUCCGAAAUGGCCUUGCUUGCAUCCCCACGUCAGUCCACAUACCACUACUACAGCAACAACAAAGACCUCACUUGGAUAAUCCAAACAGAGCAGGGCCGGAGGGUUCGGCUGAUCUUCAGUUACUUCAGAACAGAAUAUCGCUACGAUGUUGUGCGCGCGGGUGAUGGCAACAGCAGUGCAGAUGGCGCAUUCUUUCAGUGGAGCUGGAUAAAAGAACCACCUGAUCUGCUCUCCAGUGGGAGUACAAUGUGGCUGAGGUUCAUAUCUGACGGAAGUGGUAGAUACAACGGGUUCUCUUUACUCGCUCACAGUGUUCCGCUUAACGAAAAUCUGACGUGCCUUUCAGACGAGUUUGACUGUGGACAUUCUGUUUGCAUCAGGAGUGAGUGGCAGUGUGACAAUAUAGUUGACUGUUUGGAUGGAAGUGAUGAACUCAACUGUGGAAACAUCAACCUCACUGCAGUGGGAACACUCCACAUAACACCUCCGUGGUACAGAUCGUUUGGUUUAACUCCCCGAAACCUUGACGCAACCUGGGUGAUCCAGACGCAGGAAGAUAGGAAGAUUCUCCUCACCUUCUCUUAUUUUCGAACUGUGUUCGAGGAUGGGAUCUUCCGAGCCGGGGACGGUUCAAACAAUGCCAAUGGCACAGGCGUAUUUUUCAGUUGGAGUGGAAGGCGACUUGCUCCUAGUAUUCUUUCUAACGGAAGUGCAAUGUGGCUGAGCUUCGAAACUGGAAAAGCAUCUGUGGGGCAACCGUUUGAAUUGCAAGCCGCCAGUGUACCAUCAACUGAAAACAUAACCUGUUCUUCGUCGGAGUUUCACUGUGGACAUUCUGUCUGCCUCAAUGGUGCCUGGGUAUGCGAUGGCGUGUCUGACUGUUUCGGUGGAGUUGAUGAACGUAACUGCGACUCCUGUGAAGGUCGUUGUUUCUUGGAUGGCCCUCGACUUGGAGCUUGUUGGUGCGACGAUGCUUGUGUCCAGUUUGACGACUGCUGCAAAGAUUUUAGGUCAGUCUGCAAGGGUCAACCGGACAUGGAGCUGAGCACUAUACAGCCAGAAGUAAUUGAUGAAUGUGAUCCUAAUUCACCAUCGCUCAACUGUGAUGUCAACGCAAUAUGCAUCAACAACUCCAGGAACUACGUCUGCACGUGUAAUCAGGGCUAUUCGGGAAAUGGCACCUCAUGCACGGACACGGAGGCCCCAAACAUAUCCUGUCCUGCAAAUAUGACCGUUUACACAGCUUGUGGAAAGACCUUUUCAUCAGUUGCACUUCCUGACGCAGACUCUGUGUCUGACAACUCAGGGGUAUUUUCGGUCACCAUUCAUAUCGACGGCUCCACCUAUAAUGUUUCUGAUACAGUCAGCUUCUAUCUUGAACAGUCUCCAUAUGUAUUGCGCUACAAUGCCACCGACGAAUCAUCCGGUACCUCAGAUUGUGAAACUUACAUUACAGUUGCUUCUGUCCCAGAUGCAUCAUUCUGUGAAGCAACAGGCAACCCCCCGAAUUGCAUAUGUCUGUCCCACGAGGCACCGAAUUGCACCUGCUCCUCUAGCUACUGCGGGCAUGACUGUUCUCAGUCAGAAGACGGGACGGAAUGCACCGGUCCAGCCACACCGUUCCCAAACUGCACAGACGUCGAUAAGUGUAAUCCGGGCCACUCUGGUCCACGCUGUGAUGCCGAUGAAGGUUCCCUUCAGUGUCCGGAAGUUCAUAACAAGUGUUGCAAUGACGGAGCUUCACCUGCGACUGUUAAUUGGACGCUUUCCGGGGACAAUGAUCCACUUGGAACUGAUAUCACAUGCAUGAAUGUGAAGGAUGGGAGCACCGGGACUACUUCAGGCGGAAGUUUUGGCGUUGGAACACACCACGUGGUCUGCUCGUCAGCCAGCGGUGGUUUCUCAGAUUGCUUAAUUUCGUUCAGUGUGUCUGUGUAUCCAAAUCUGUGGGUACCAGAAGUGGCUGAUCAGUGUACCGAUCCAGGCAAGACCACAUCAACUGUGACAUGGGAUGAGGUGUAUGCUAUGGACACUGGGGAAGUAAUCAUUGAUUGUACAGAUUCCGGUGAUGGCGUCGAUGUCAGCGUCACUGGAGGUACAUUUGGACCAGGACUGCACACCAUUACAUGCGUUGCAACUGACGAUGCUGGCUGCAUGACACCCAAGAGUUUUAAAUUCAGUAUCACACAGGGCAAUCUUAUUCCCUAUGGCCCAGACGUUGGUGACGCGCGACUGUCAGAUGAAUCACAGCCAAAUCAUACCGGCGAGAAGGACUUGAUAUCUCAAACCAUCUAUCCUCCGCAUUUCUUUCCUUUCUGUCGAGGGCUUUCUGACAAGAUUUAUUUCACUGACAAUGGCGUAAUCCUUUUGUCUGAGGAGCCAAAACUUGACAAAUUCUCCUUUCCGGGUGCCAAAAGUCCAUCUUACUCCGGAACUGGCAAAAUGAUUACUCCCCUUUGGGCGGACGUCAACAGCAAUGCAUUCACUGAUACCAGUGAUGUUUUCUGGCAGGUUUACAGGAACGACCUCGGCGUCAACCAAGCCAUGUUGGAUGUUAUUAGUGCCGUAGUUUCAACCAGGUACAGCGAUUUCAGAGCAAACUGGGCGCUUGUCAUUACCUGGAGUAAUGUCCGGAGUAACAUCGUACAAGUAACGACGGCUUCACUCGAGACAGUCACUUUCCAAGCUGUACUUGCUACUGAUGGGACUCAUGGUUAUGCCAUAAUCAACUACGAUCCUUGUGGUUGGAACUGGAACCCCACACUACAGCCUCUAAACAUUAUCCGUGGUUAUACCUGCGGAACAUCAGAUGAGCCUGUCUACAUCGGCAGCCCUAAUGACUCUUCAUUUAGUCCCAGUGAUACUGUGGGCAACUCGGGAACACUUGGACGCUGGAUCUACAAAGUUGACAAACUUCCAGAUGAUUUCGUAAAUCCACGUUUGUCUUGCUAUACAUGGUACAAACGUCAAACACCCUACCCGCGAUUUGACGCCUACUACCCUCCAUUUGCCGACACGUGCCCUUGCAGUCUAGUUAGUGCCAACUUUGACUGGCGAUUCACAAAGGCCCCGUCCGAUAAUGACGUGCCUCGAGAACCUGUUGUUUGCUUUGUUCGACUGUUUCAAUUCCCUGGGACGCCAGGCCCUCGAUGCUGCUACAACGUGUUCACCUGUGAUCUUCUGUAUGGCGUGAGGAGCCCAAGCAUCGCUUCGGUCUUUGAACGGUUCCCAGUCAGUCCAGUAUACUAUACGGAAGACUUGUACCAGCAAUGGCUAGAUGAAGAGCAGCAGGCUCGCAAUGAUUGCUGCUUUCAGUCAAAUCUUUGCCACAUGUACAUAGAAUGGCGCCCUCUCAUGACAUGCAGGUCAUACAAUCCUCCAGUCUGGGUGUGGUUCUGGGGAGAUCCCCACAUUGUAACCCUUGACGGACUCGAAUACACCUUCAAUGGUCUGGGAGAAUAUACACUCGCACUCAUCGAUGACGACGAGGGACAAAGGGUGUUUGAACUGCAAAGUCGUACCCGCCGAGCAGUGGAUACAGAGACUGGCGAACUCAGCCAAGCAACUGUCUACUCUGGUUUUGCGGCAGAGUACAUCGGAGAAUUAAGGGUGGAGAUCAAGUUGAGUAGUAAUGCCACAGAUCUGCUAACUACUGUCAAUGGGACCGUGGUCACACCCACAGCUGAAGGAUUAAGGUUUGACAAUCUGUUGGUGAUGAGAGAGGAGGACCCUAUCAAAGUGAGCGUCAUGUAUUCCGAACACGUCACAUUCGCUGUCGGGGUCAACAACAGUAUGGCCAACAUCACCGUCCUACUCAACCAGGAUUUUAAAGGCAAAACGAAAGGACUACUAGGUGUAUGGGACGGUGAGCCAAACAAUGACACUUUGAGGCGUGAUGGAACGUUACAGCCGGCCACAGGUCCAAAUGGGAAAAUGCUCGAACGGGACUUCUUUGCGUUUGGCGAAACCUGGCGUAUUGCGGAAGAGGAUUCCCUGUUCUACUACCAGUCUCCCGAGGAAGCUAUAACUCCUUGAAUGACCCGACUUUCACACCGGACUUCC